CCAUGGAUAGUAGCAUCCACCUGAGCAGUCUGCUAAGUAGGCAUGAUGACGAAGCCACAAGGACGUCGACCUCGGAAGGGCUGGAGGAAGGUGAGGUGGAGGGAGAGACUCUGCUGAUUGUGGAAUCAGAGGAUCAGGCAUCAGUGGACUUAUCUCACGACCAGAGUGGGGAUUCCCUCAACAGCGAUGAGGGGGAUGUAUCCUGGAUGGAGGAGCAGCUGUCGUACUUCUGUGACAAGUGCCAGAAAUGGAUCCCAGCCAGUCAGCUGAGGGAACAGCUCAGUUAUCUUAAGGGCGAUAACUUUUUCAGGUUUACUUGUUCCGAUUGCUCUGCAGAUGGCAAGGAGCAGUCCGAGAGGCUGAAGCUGACAUGGCAGCAAGUGGUCAUGUUGGCAAUGUACAACUUGUCUCUGGAAGGAAGUGGACGUCAAGGCUAUUUCCGGUGGAAAGAAGAUAUUUGUGCUUUUAUUGAGAAACACUGGACCUUUUUACUAGGAAACAGGAAAAAGACCUCGACGUGGUGGAGCACGGUUGCAGGGUGCCUCAGCGUGGGAAGUCCUGUUUAUUUCCGCUCAGGUGCUCAGGAAUUUGGAGAGCCUGGGUGGUGGAAACUUGUGCAUAACAGGCCCCCAACAAUGAGACCGGAGGGAGAGAAGCUGUCCGCCUCCACAUUGAAAGUGAAAGCUUCAAAACCAAUGAUGGAUCCUAUCAUAACUGUUGAGGGACUCCGGAAAAGGGCAAGCCGGAAUCCUGUGGAAUCUGCCAUGGAAUUGAAGGAGAAGCGGUCCCGAACACAGGAAGCUAAAGACAUCAGAAGAGCACAGAAGGAAGCUGCCGGCCUCCUGGACAGGAGCACCUCUUCUACCCCUGUCAAGUUCAUCAGCAGAGGCCGUAGGCCAGACAUGAUUCUGGAGAAAGGAGAAGUGAUUGACUUUUCGUCCCUCAGCUCCUCAGACCGCACCCCGCUCACAAGCCCGUCUCCUUCUCCCUCUCUGGAUUUCUCUGCCCCUGGUACACCCGCCUCGCAUUCGGCCACACCGAGCUUGCUUUCUGAGGCAGACCUCAUCCCUGACGUGAUGCCACCCCAAGCCUUGUUUCAUGAUGAUGAUGAGCUGGAAGGAGAUGGAGUUAUAGACCCAGGGAUGGAGUACAUCCCACCUCCAGCUGGCUCGGCGGCUUCUGGGCUGGUCGGGAGCAGAAAGAAGGUCAGAGCUCCCGAGCAGAUAAAACAGGAGGUGGACAGCGAGGAGGAGAAGCCAGACAGGAUGGAUGGAGAUAGCGAAGACACAGAUUCGAACACUUCUUUGCACACGAGGGCUCGAGAAAAGAGGAAGCCACCCCUGGAGAAGGACGUGAAGCCCAAGGGGCCCAGGUAUACACCUGUGAGCAUCUACGAGGAGAAGCUGCUGCUCAAGAGGCUGGAGGCGUGCUCCAGUGCAGUGGCCAUGACCCCAGAAGCCCGGAGGCUGAAGCGGAAACUGAUUGUCAGGCAAGCGAAGAGGGAGCGGGGUUUACCCCUGUUCGACUUGGAUGAGGUUGUGAACGCUGCGCUUCUGUUGGUUGAUGGGAUGUAUGGAGCCAAGGAUGGAGGCGUGUCCCGGCUCCCAGCUGGACAAGCUACAUACCGGACCACCUGCCAGGACUUCAGGAUCCUGGACCGGUACCAGACGGCCUUGCCAACCAGGAAAGGAUUCCGGCACCAGACCACUAGGUUUUUGUAUCGUUUGGUGGGCUCAGAAGAUCUGGCUGUGGACCAAAGUAUUGUCAGCCCUUAUACUUCUCGGAUCUUGAAGCCGUAUAUCAGGCGUGAUUAUGAGACCAAGCCACCCAAACUACAGCUCCUGUCACAGAUUCGUUCCCACGUGCACAGGAGUGACCCUUCCUGGACAGCUGAGCCUGAUGCGCCUCUCGAUUACUGCUACGUCCGACCACACCACAUCCCAACGAUCAACUCCAUGUGUCAGGAGUUUUUCUGGCCUGGCAUUGACCUGUCUGAGUGUCUGCAGUACCCAGACUUCAGUGUCGUAGUCCUUUAUAAAAAGCUCAUUGUUGCCUUCGGCUUCAUGGUUCCAGACGUGAAGUACAACGAAGCUUACAUUUCAUUUCUUCUCGUUCAUCCGGAAUGGAGAAGAGCGGGGAUUGCCACAUUCAUGAUCUAUCAUCUGAUUCAGACAUGCAUGGGCAAGGAUGUGACUCUUCACGUCUCAGCAAGCAACCCUGCCAUGCUGCUAUAUCAGAAGUUCGGCUUCAAGACUGAGGAGUAUGUUCUGGAUUUCUAUGAUAAGUAUUACCCACUGGAAAGUGCAGAGUGUAAACAUGCAUUCUUCCUGCGGCUCCGACGCUGAGGUGAACCCAGUUCUUCCCAGAGGACCGUGGAUGCUGUCAGAGAAUGGGCCUUCAGGAGCAGUGCGGGCCCUGCUGUCCUGUGAGUGAUAGCCUCCACAUGGCCCAGCCGCCUGAGUGGAAGCCAUGUGCAGUGGAACAAGUAGGCAGCUUUUUCAUCCAGAAACCCUCCAGCCCAUCCUGGAGUGGCUCUCCAGCAGCAUCCUGGACUCCGCUGUUAGCCAGCAGCAAGUGACUCUGCCAUCCUCUUUCCACACAGUAAUGAGUGAGCACACAAGAGCCUCUGAACUGAAGUGUUUGCCAGAGGGCCUGCUUGUCCUGUGUUAGCACUCAAGAAAUAUGAAGAUCCGCAGUGCCCACACAGCCCUCUGCUGUCCUAGGAUGAGAGAUUAUAAGGUGUGAGGACUGAAUCCAGCCCUGUUCCCAGCCUGUGGUGUGCUGUCAUUGAAUUCUAGAGGACUCAUGGGACACUGAAGCCCUUUUGUCUCUUGCUGACUUUGGUCCCAGUCAGGAACAGUGUACUCAGUGUCCUUCUCCAUGCUGCUUUACCUGAUCUACCUGUCAGCAUCUCCUUGCAGGGAGAGUGACCUGGUACCAGGAGUUCACUCUGGGAAGUAGCUUCAGGCGUUCCAUGCCUUCCCCAGCCCUUCCCAUGCUCGGGACAGUUGCACCAGAAUGGAGGAGCGGGGCGGUGCAGGCAGAGCUGGAAGCUGCUUCCUGUGUUGCAGAGGUUGGAAGUGGACCCAGGGAGUGCAUUUCUAAAAGCAUCAGAUACUCUCAAAUAAAAAUCUUUAUUGUGUAACAGCUCACAGCCAGGGCUUCCGCCCAGUUGUUUGCACUCAACUUGUGUCUGAUGAGGAGCAGAGGCUCCUUUCUUGCUCUGUGGCCUUUGGGUUGGUUUGAGACUCCAGAAGGAGCCGAAUGCUUUCUAGUACACUGGCCUGCAUAUCUAAACCUUUACCCUGUGGCACACUGUUUGGAUCCUUUGCUCACAGGCUCCAUCUGCAGCUUGAAUCCCUGCGUUGAUGGGAGUGUUGCUCUCUCACUUUGAGAAUUCAGAGCAGCACCAUCUAGCGUCUUUGCGUUUUCUACCUUCCUCCCAAGCACCUCCGGCCUUUUAAAGGUUUCUGUUGAUGAUGGCUCAUAAGUCCUGGCCAAGUCACUUUUCUGUUGCUCUGAUGAGACACAGUGACCAAGGCAACUAGUAGAAGAGUUUAUUGGGCUAACAGUUCCACGGUUUAGAGUCUGCGACCAUCAUGGGAAGGAACAUGAUGGCAGCAGGCAGACAGCACUGAAACAGCUGAGAUUCGCGCCUUGACACACAGCAUGAAGCAGAGAGAAAGCUAACUGGGGUGGCAUGGGCUUUUGACAUCUCAUGGUAGCACACCUCCUCCAACAAGCCGACACUUCCACCAACUGGGGACCAACGAGUCAAAUAUGUGAGCUGAUGGGGCCACUCAUCAGCCCCAUGAAGUAAAAUUGAGGAAGCCACAUGUCCCAAACCUGGAGACCAGCUUGCAACUGUCUUAAGUGAAUGUCAAGCACGGGACACCAGAAUGGUGUCACCAGAAUGUCACCAGAAUGGCUCAAGGGCACUGUCUCCAGCUCCCUGGUGCUGAGGAAGGCUAUGAUUGCUUUAAUUCUACUCCACAUCUGUUUUAAGGUCUUCACCUUUCUCUUUUAUACAGUGUAGCUUUAUCUUUGCCUGUUUUACAUAUUUCUAAAGAUGAUUUUUUAUGUGAUGAGUGUUAAAAGUAAAUGCCAGGUAUUGUGCUUGCGCCCUCACCACUUAUUUAGGUAGGUAUCCCUGACAAUUACAGAUGAUUUUUUUAUCACCUCACAUUGAUGCUUACUGUCAAUCUGUGUAUUAGUCAGUGUUUGCAAAGGGAACAGAACUGAUGAGAUGAAUACACACACAUAUGGCAGAAACAUUUAUCAAUUAUUACAUAUAUCUAUAUCUACAUAUAUAGAUAUAUACACAUGUAUGUAAGAAGGGGCUGGAUUACUUAGACUGGCUUACAGAAUGUGAUCUGUGUAGUCCAGCAAUGGCUAUCAUGAUGUUUCGAAAGGCUGAGACUCUGGUAGUUCGCCUCCAAAGGCUGGAUCACUUUGCAGUCCCUAUCUGGUGCUGGAGUGCUAGAAGAUUUGUGGAGCACUGCCAGUCUGUAUUGGAAUCCUGAAGAAGUUAGAUUUAACACUGGCCACAGCAACAGGAUAGACGAGCUUGCCAGCAAGAGUGAAGGCAAGCAGGCAAAAAGCCAAGCUUCGUUUUCUCAUGUCCUCCUACAUGGACUGCCACCAUAAGUGAGAUCCAGAUUUAGGGUGGGUCCCCCCCUUCAGAUAAUGUGAUGAAGAAAAUCCCUCACAGGAGCACCCAGCAGGAGCCCCAGCAUCCUCAAGCUCACAAGGUCAGCCAUCACAUCUUGACACACACUCACUUCUUAUGUAAUGCUUAAUUUACAAAUGAGAACAAUAACCAGCUCAUAAUCCUGCCCCAUGCACAGCUGCAGAUAUAUCUUAUUUUAACAUAGGUGGCAAAGUCUUUUGAGGAAUAGUCUUUUGAUUAUGAUUCAGAUUUACAAUAUUUAAACACUGUUAUCUCAGUGUUACAUUAAAUGAUAAUAGAGGAAAGAACACAAAUACCUGUUUAAUAUAUGUGUCUAUAUGCACAAACACAUUCUUAACAAAUAAGACAAAAAUACUUGUCAGUUAUAAUCUUUGCCUCCAUAAUUAGUCUAGUGGCCUUUGCAGGUGUUAACUGAAUAUCGUAUUUUAGUUGCCUCAUCUGUGAAAUGAGUUGAUAAUACCUACCUCAGAGACUUGUAGCAAUGGGCAGGCACAGGUCCGAGAAACUCUUAAACAGUUGGUUUGUGUAGCUCAGUAGAAGAGCACUUGGCUAGGUUGUGCAAGGAUUGGGGUUCCAUCCUCAGCACUGCAAAACCAGAAACCAGAACUCUUCUUUCAAGCUUGGCACACUGCUGUCACAGCUCUGACUGCGCCUGGGGAGGGGCUGUGGUCAGAACUGCUGGCUGGAGCAGGGCACCGCAUGCCUGGGCUGAGCGGGGAGGCAGUGCCGCCCAGGCACCGGGCCAGGGGAGCCAGCUGAGCUUCAACUCGCUCUGCUCACUCUUCCUCACACCUAGAAUAUUUCUGUAUCGCAGAUUGUCACAUCCUGUCCACCUCCUUUGCCUGGAUAAGUGAAGGACACUAAUUUUUAGAGCCUUCCAUGACAUGCAGGUUUCCCUGUGCUAAGAGGACCUCUGCGAAGUAAGUGAAUUGGAAACAUUUUGGUUUCUGUGAGCUGAAGAGGAACAUGGAUAGUGGCUUAGCCAAGAAGCUGGAGGGAGGCCUGUGUCUGCUUUCUAACGUCAGCUCCUGUGUACAGUCUCUUUGUGCCUUUGCAAAUCAGUCUGGCAGCUCACUUAUGGGGUCCCACAAGUAGUGGGCAUAUAAGCUGCUUCUAGCUUCACACUGCCCACAGGGUCAGGAGAAAGAUGGUUUCCCAUGCUUCCUCGUGUAUCUGGUGGAGUAAGCCAUGAUGCUUAGAUAGGGGCCCUGGAUGCUCUGGGCUCAGCCUCAAGAGCAUUGCAUUCUUGGCAGUUUGUGACUGCUGUGCACUAUGGCCACAGCUACAGCGGCUAUCAAAAGGAAAGGCAAGGCUGAAGAGCAGACCAGGGGAGAAGCAGCAAGGCUCCCCAGGCUGUGUUCUUCAUUUCAGGCAGCUGAGACGCGUUGGCCACACUGGGAACUCUAGCCAGGGUUUAGCUUACACUAUCCCUAUUCUUAGCCAUUCAGGACCAAACUCUAAAUAUUCCUUUACCCCAACUCCCAGCUAUGAUCUUAAUAUGUGUGCUCCCUACAGUGGAUCAACUUAAAUGGUAUUAAGAGAUUGGUUUCUCAGAGAGGGUCAGGGGGCUCCCAGCAGAGCAUGGUGAUGCAUUUUAGCCCAGGCCAAGACUGUCUCAAAAGAGGAAACAGCAGAGAUGGGUUUGUUUCCUUUCACAUGAGAGACUAGAGCAGGUUGGCUCCGUCUGGGAAGCAGAGUAAACCCUCCCCAGACAACACAUCUCGAACAUAGAGCUCCUACAAAUGCCUGCCCAUUCUGGAGCAGUUUGUCCUAAAUGCCCCAGGGCACUAGCCAUUCUCCCUUGGGCAGUUCAUUCAAAUUGCUCUGCCAGCCUCUAAUUGUCUUCCUGCUGUCUACCUUUAGCCCAGUGCCAGGCAGUUGUAUUUGCUUUCUAAAACGUGUGUGUGUGUGUGUGUGUACAAUAUAGAAAAAUUUUAAAGUAAAAAAACCAUGAUUUUACUCUCAAGUUACUUUUUUGUUGGCUUAUUUUUUUUUAGCAUCAUAGUACAUAUGCAUGAGGUUUUCAUGUCCUGUUUUCUUAACUGUUUAUAUUAUAACUGUGUCUUCAUAAGUUAACAGUGCAGUUAACAUAUCUGUACUUUUUUUUCACCAUGGGUUGGGCUUUUUACUCUGUAUAGAUUCCCAGAAGUGGAAUUCUUAGGUCAGAGGUCAGAAGGUGUGUUCGUUUUUAUUGCUAGUUUCUAACUGCCAACAUCGUCAUUAGUAAAUUAAGGUCCCUGCUGUAUCUGAAAGCUUGCAGGGUUAGAGGCUGGGAUGAUGAAGAGAGUCCCAUCAGAGAAGUGCUUGCCAAACAGCCAUGAGAACCUGCAUGUGGCACACACCUGCCGAUCCCAGAACUGGCCAGCCUGGCCCAGUCAGCAAGCAGCGGAGUGCAAGCGGUUCCUAAGCCGAGAGCCUUUAGUACGCUUCUCCAUGUUGUGCUGACCUCACCCAUAAAAUUGUCUUGUUUUUGCUUCAGAACUGUAACUUUGCUGCUGUUAGGAAUUGUAAUGUAAAUACCUAACGUGCAGGAUAUCUGCUGUGCCACCCACAUGUUGAGAACCUCUCCUGUUAAGGCCUAGGAGGGGCUUUGAGAAAACCUGGCCACCUUUUCUGUUUCUCAGGAGUUUCACUGCUCAGCUGCUCCCCAUGGUCGGCCAGGCCCGGCACUCCAGCACACUCGGUCAGGCUCCCUGCUCUGGCUUCUCCAGAGCACCAGCAAACUGCUGCUGGCUCCCACCAGCUCCAACCCCCAUCUGCAUCGCACAGAACGUGUUUCCUCUCCUAACUGUGAGGCUGUGGGCAUCACAGAGGUGUGUGCUGUGACUGUGAAACCCUGCCUGGAUAUUUGGGCCUGAAUCCUGUACCCAACAUCACAGUUCCGAAACAGUCUUCGCUCAGCCCUGAGGACCUUAGCUUUUGUUCCUUACUUGCUCGAGAAUAGAGGGACCACCCUUCAUGUCUCUUCCCAGGGAGAGGCUGUUCAGUCUUGUCGUUUUCCUCUGCACUUUUGUUGAUUAAAAGACUCAGACCAGCAAGAGGUGAAAUGCCCUGGCUGGCAAGCCUAUGGACCUGGUUCAUUUUCAGGAUCUAUAUGAUGUAAGCAGAUUUGAACCAACUCCUACGAGUUUCCACUGACCUCCAGACAUAUGCUACACAUUCAAGUACACCCCCCCACCAAGAUAAAUAAGUGAAUGUAAUUAAGAAAACCAGAUUCCUGGCAUGGUGACACAAGAAGCCUUUAAUCCCAACACUCGGAGGCAGAGGCAGGCUGAUCUCUGUGGUCUACAGAUUUCCAGUCCAGUUGAACUGUCUAAAUAAAAAACAGACUCACUGGCUUUUGUGCUCCAAAAGACUAACCCUUGAGUGGGACAUAGUGGGCCUCAUGGCCAGAUGCUUGAGAAAAAUGGCCAAAAUUCCCUGGGUCUGGAGAACGUGAGGGGAGGUGUGAGGCGUGAAGCUGGGAGAAGGCUGCAGAGGUGAGUUAGGCAAUAGCCUUUAGUAAGUACCAGAACCCCAAGUUGCCUUUAAAACUGUCCAUCCCCAGUUUGGUGUGGUGGUGCACACCUUUAAUCCCAGCACUGGGCAGGGAGAGGCAGGUGGAUCAAGUUCAAGGCUAACCUGGUGUGCCAAGUGAGUUUCAGGGGAGUCAAAGCUGCACAGAGAAAUUCUGUCUCAAAGAAACCCGGGAGGGGGUGUGGGGCAGGGGUGUCAUCAGUUGUUACCACACCUGCCUAGGUAAACUUGGAGGCAGUGUGACCCCACACCACAGAAAUCUAUAGCUCACCAGCGAUAUGACUUGGGCAGGGAACUAAUUUUCCUUAUUUGAAAAAAAAGAAUGUUGGUAUCAAAUGAUUUACUAGAAAGAUAGAGAUGGAUGGAUGGAUAUUAUAAAGUGUUUUCUGAGUAUUUUUAAACAAUUGAAAGUUUUUAAAAGUUACUUUACGUUUUGUCUGUUGUGUCUGGGUGGUGGUGGCUAAUGCACCUGUGAGUGCAGGCUCCUGAGAUGCUUAAUCCUUCUGGGGCUAGAGUGAUGGGCAGCUCUGAGCCGACAUGUUGGUACAGGGUACCGAGCACAGCUUUCCAACCCUACAAGUGAGAUAUUAGUUUCCUUUUCUUGGGUUCAGUGUGUGUGUGUGUGUGUCUGAUUUCUGUGUCUUAGGGGAGUUCCAUAUAUUCUUCUGUUACUGAUUUCCAGGUCAGUUGUCUUAUGGCACAAACAGACCCAGGGUGAGUUAAAUACUGAGGUUGAUGCUGUGCUGUGGCUGUUUGCUAGAAUAGAAUGUCUCCGCACUUAGGGAGCGUGCUGUGAGACAUCUAGAGGUCAAACGCUGUGGCAUGUGUAACACACAGGUCAAAAGACCUAUGUGUAGGAGUAGAUGGGAGAGUGGAGAUUUAGGUUAGAAGAGAGAAGAGUGACGUCUAACGGAAACUCUUAACUCUCCGCACACAUGCCUUGACCAGUCCUCUGCGUGUCUUCAUACCUUCAGUAUCCACAUACAAACCACAUUAAUAUUUAAGCACUUAGUUUUUUCUUGUAAGUCAAAAUGAGAUCAUUAGUUAUUAGUGCAGUUUGAUCUCUAUCUCUCAACAAUAUAUCAUAAGGGGGCUGGAGAGACGGCUCAGUGGCUAGGAGCAUGGGCUGCUCUUGCAGAGGACCCAGGUUUGACUUCCUGCGCUUACAUGCUGGUUCCAACCAUCUGUGACUCCAGUCCCAGGAGCUCCAGCUUCCUCAUGCAGGCAAAAUACCCUACACAGAAAUAAAUCUUUUUAAAAUGUAUCAUAGAAAUCUCUAUAGGGCAAAAGGUGGAUUUAGUUUAAGGUGAAUUACAUCAUAUGCUGUAGAUAGGUGAAUGUCAUGGUUUCAGCCAUGUCUUAUUGGUAGGCGUUUUGGUAGCUUUCAGUUUUUGCCACCACAAACAAGAUGCAAAAAUAAAAAUAAAAGCCCUUGUACAUGUAACCUGUUUUGUUGAUGCAAAAUCCAGUUUUGUUUGUUGGCUGGUUCUGGGCGGGGUAUUGAUGUGCAGUUUUGUUUGUUGGCUGGUUCUGGGCGGGGUAUUGAUGUCCAGCCCAGGGUGGGUCUAGCUCACUCUGUAGCUCAGGCUUGUCUUAAGUUCUUUCUGCCUCAGCCUUCCCAGGGCUGGUAUUCUAGGCGGAAUUUCAGUGAGGGCUAAGAAGCACAACAAACCCUUCCGGAUCCACUGUGCUCCAAGCUGCCUUGCUGUGGGUGUAAAGAUGGUCUCCAGAGGCAACUGCUCCCACCCUAGGCUCCAGCUGCAGGAAAGGCCAGCAUUUUCUAGAGUGAGCUGGAGCACCCUUCAGGAAGCUGCACACACCAUGUUUCUCGUCAAGAAAGAAGUUGUGGGUCACAACUCUUGUGGGUGUGUGACAGCUCCCUGACCAUAGUAACGCUCCAUGAUCUCACCUUACAGAAAACCCGAGCACAUAAGUGGUCCUCAAAAAGAAAAUCAUCUUCAAAGAGCACUAGGUCCUUGAAGGAGAGAUGUGUGGAAAUGGAUGGUAGUGUGCAGGUGGUUUGUGGUUACACAGAUAGGCAGGUGACUGGAAAGGUGAGAGGGUGGUUCAGGGGAGCAGGAGGAAGUGUAGCUGGGAACUUGGAUGGGUGAUGGGCACAUGGAUGGGUGGGUGAAUGAGCGCUUGGGCAUGUGUGCAGGAGAUAGGGACUGAGGGGUAGCCCUGCCCUCUUCUCUGCUUGGUUUUGACUGACACUUAGAGGCAGGAAAUAAAGAAACAUAGACCAGUAGGAGGCAUUGCUUGGGCUGAGAUUCUAAGAACUGAGGUCCAUCCUGAAGGGAGACUGGCUUUCCAGUCAAAUGUCACAUUUGGGACUUGAGUGGAAGUGAGCACAGCUUCUGUUUCUUCAGGUCAGGAAGAUGUGCAGGGCCAAACUUAAAGGCCGUUCAGCACCAAAGCAGGGCUGGCCAGUGCCCACACCUCUGCCCCUAAGUAUCCGACCACUGACCCACUGAACCUCCCUAGGCAGGGUGCAACCAGGGCCUCCCCUGUCAGGGCUUCACGUGAAGGUUUAUACCACUCAGGCUGGUGACAAGCCUUCCUCUGGGUCAGUCUGGAUGGAUGGCUCUGUUGUGGAUACAUGUUUGUGACCAGGAUUUGUGUCGAGGACCCCGGGCCAGCACAGAUUGGGUUAUGGAAAAGGCUGCCUCACAGGUUAGUUUAUCAUACCAUUCCCAAACCCCAGUUCCCCUCUCAUUGACUUCUGAUGUGACAGGUCCCAGAUGUGAGGGCUGCGCCACUCCUAGAGGAGGCCUUAGGGAGCUGCAGCUGCUGCCCUUCCUGCCCCACACCGGCCAGCUCCCAACACCUGUGUGCUCCUAGUUCCUUGAAGUGUUUCUGUUCCAUGCCUGCAUUCUGACUUCUUUCCUGGUAUAUCAGAUGUUUAGGUGAAGGCCAGGACCCUUUCCAGUGCUGGGGAGGCUUCUGAGUGCCUCUCCAGGAUCACUGCUUUUCUGACCCUUAUCCCCAUGGGUGACUUCUGUUCACCUUGAGCUUCCUGUCAAUGGAAUGAGCUCUGGCUCUGAGUCCCCAGCUUGGUGGGUGUAUUUGCAUCUCACUUCCCCACAGGCCCGGAGCUCCUUGAGCUGUGAGUGCCUCACUGCUGCCGCCAGCCGAGGCAGGGCAGUGAGGGGGCAGAGUGGAUAUCCAUCUGCAGAGGGCAUCUGUGCUCCAGGGCAGAGGGUGCUGGGAGCAGUGCUCGCUGCCCACCUUCAGAUCCAGCUUGCACUUACUACCGUGUGACUGCGGGGGCUCCCUCCACCAUGUCUUCAGGUUUCGGAGAGUAUGGCACCAGGCUUCUAGGGCCACUGUGGUGACCACAUGCAUUGCUGUGAUGAAGCCCUUAAGACAGCUGCAUGCAUUGCUGUGACGAGGCUCUUUUUAUAUAUAUAUAUAUAUUUAUUUUUUUAAUUUUAUGUGCAUUAGUGUGAAGGUGUCAGAUCCCUUGGAACUGGUGUUACAGACAGUUGUGAGCUGCCAUGUGGGUGCUGGGAAUUGAACCCGGGUCCUUUGAAAGAGCAGGCAGUGCUCUUAACCACUGAGCCACCUCUCCAGCCCCCUGUGACGAGGCUCUUACAGACAGCUGCAUGUGUCACUAUGACGAGGCUCUUACAGACACUGCGGAAUAGGCGCAGACCUGAGCCUAGUGGGCAGUCGCUGAGCUUCCAGGAUUUUGUGCCUCUUUGCAGUGAUGUACAGGAAAGAAGAACAAUUCAGAGGAGUGUAAAGUGUUUUUCACCUGUGGCAGGGCAAGAGGGGAGAGAGGAUGGAAGGGAGGUUUCCAGUGACCUUUUAUGGGUAGUUAACACUGUCCACCUCUCCCAAGUUCUUACAGCCCUGGCUUUUCUGAACUUGCUCCCACAGCUGAAUGACACUCAGGUGGACUAAGGGCCACGGUCUCUGGCUGUUGCCUUUCCUAGGUAAUCUCUGCAGCAUGGCCUCCAGUUUUCUCCUCCUCAGUACCAUGUAAAUGUUUGUCAAAUGAAGGCAUGAAAAGUAGUUUUUCCACCUCAGUAGCUGCAAGCAGACCUAGAAUUAACUCUCGUUUUGACCACCGUGCCCAGAGUUGAUGUUUGCAGACAGCAGCCUGCCUGGCACCGAUUUUUGUGAACAGUACAUUAUUGUAUGAACUACCUGAUCUUUCAUGGCACAAGGCAGAAUUGAGUUGAUAGCACACACAUCACCUGGGCCACAGGCUAAAAUGCUUACUACAUUUUAGAACAAGCCUUCUGGUUCCUGCCCCGAGUUCUCCAAAUUCUCCUGUAACAAAGAUAUGGUGUGUCUUUAAUACCACCUGGCCUUACCAAGGGGGAAAAUUGCCUCUGUUGGUUCAAGUGUCUGCCUGUUCUCUUGAAUCCCAAGGGCUUCCCUGGCUUUCAUCAUGGUCCCUAAAGAUGCUUGUGGGCCCAGCUUUGGUGGGCUCUGUUGGGGGACGUGGGAUGGGCUUGAACUUGUGAAUUCUAAGAGUGUGGUGGACAGCUGAGAGCAGACAGGCCCUUUGGGAAUCCAAGGCCACACACAGAGAGGGGCUGACUGCCUCCCUCCUUGCCAGGCAGGGCACAAAUAGCCUUGUUUGAAGUGAAUUAUUAAGUUCUAGCCUCAGGGCCAAGCUCUGGCUAGACUGCCAUCUCAUCUAGGUCUUUUUACCGAGGCUGCUGUUGGAGAUCACUCUGGAAGGUGCCUGAGACAUGAAAACAAGAUCCAGUUAUCAUGUAAAUCUAAGCCUGGUCUAAACAGCUUUGAGUUUACUGGGCUUUUUGCUCAGGGCCUUGAUUUUGUCAUUCUUGGGAAUAGACCCGAAGAACUAGAAAUAACUGAGUUUGGGGUAAGGAAAAACAGUGGAAGAAAAGGGAAACUUAAUCUCUCUCUCUCUCUCUCUCUCUCUCUCUCUCUCUCUCUCUCUCUCUCUCUCUCUGUGUGUGCGUGUGUGUGCGUGCGUGCGCGCGCGCGCGCGCGCGUGUAGAGGCUAAAUUUUGGGUGUCAUCCUUUAGAGACAGAGUCAUUGUCCCAGAGCUCGCUAAUUGGGUCAUCGAGUCCCAGAGAUCUGCUUGUCCCUGCCUCUUCAGUGCUGGGAUUUUGAAGUACAGCACUAGCCUGGCUCUUUUACAUCAACUAUUUUCACCAGUUCCCAAAGGCUUAGUCUUAAUACACUUACUUGGAAGCACCUACAAGAAGUACUGAGCCAAAAUGAUAAAAUUCAGAACAACUGCUCCUAUUUAUAUUGAGAGUGGGGUAGCCGGAGGAUGGCUCAUCAGGAGAAAAUCCUCAGCACCCAUAUAAAAGCUGGGCACAGCGGCUCAUGUGUGUUAGACUAGCAAGGGGGCGGGGGGAGUGGGCUAGGAGGGAGGGGCUUACUUGCUCCAGUCUAGCCAAAAGAGCAAAGGCCAGAUUCAGAAUGUGAGAGAGUCUGUCUCAAAAAGUAAGGUUUCCUACCAGGUUUGGUGGUAAUCCGGCACUUGGGAGACAGAGGUGGGAAGGUCACUUCAGCUACACAAGUUCAGGACAGCCUGGGCUUCAUAAAGUCCUGUCUAAACACACCCUUAAAUAUAAACACAUGUAAUGUACUUAUAUACAUACAUAUAUUCAUAUAUAUGGUGGAGAGCAUGGAGGACGAUACCAGAUGUCUGCCUCUGGCCUGCACGCACAUGCCCUUGAGUCUAAAAAUAAAUGCCAGUUCUCCUUUUUGGGGUAAAAACCAUAAUGUAAAUGACAUUAUAAGCAGUGGUGGCCUUUAAUCCCAACACUGGGGAGGCAUGGACAGGCAGAUCUCUGUAAGUUCGAGGCCAGACCGUCUACAGAGCUAGUUCCAAGAUCGCCACAGUUACACAAAGAAGCCUUGUCUUUGAAAAACCAAAAAAAAAAAAAAAAGAGAGAAAGAAAAUGAUGUUGUAAUGAAGCCAGGGUCUAAGACCCUUCCUUAGUGUGCACGUUGGUAACUGGGAAGUAGCCUGGGCUACUGAGGUAGUGGGAAGACCUAACUGCAGCCUCAAGCAUGUUUAACAAUGAAGGGGCAUCUUGGCCAUUAGGAGGCACAGCUGCCCAGAUGCCGCCAUGGUUUCCCUGAUUACCUCAAAUCCAGCUCCUUGCCGUGGUGGUCUCGCUCCCAGAGGCUCUGCUGUGGAGACCUGCCCUCAGGAAAGUCAUGGUGUACUGAGCGAGGUUGUUCCUCAACGCAGUGUGAGUCUUUGUUCUGAGCAGUCCUGGCUGUGUGCAUUCGCUGAGAUUCUGCACGAAUCAAGGGGGGCAGUGGUGUGACUGCCAGACAAAACCUGCUCUGGAAAGGCCUGUUGCAAGAGCCCUCGAUUGUCCGCUUUCAGCUGUGGCAUCUGCAGGACCGACACAGGCCUUCUGUUGAGAAACUGCCUUCUACCUCAUGCUGUGUCAGAGUGGGUAGAGCACCUUUAUGAGUGCACUCAGAGGGGGUUUGGGGCAGGUAAAAAGUAUCCUUACAGAAAGUCAAGCCCGGCUGAGGCCAUAGACCAGCAGCUCUCAGCCUUCCUGCUGCUACGACCCUUUAACACAGUCCUCAUGUUGUGGUCACUCCAGCCGUAAAGUUACUUCAUUGCUACUUCAUAAUGUAAUUUUUCUGCUGUUACAAAUCGUAACGUAAGGGGUUGGGGAUUUAGCUCAGUGGUGGAGUGCUUGCCUAGCAAGCUCAAGGCCCUGGGUUCGGUCCUCACCUCUAAAAACAAAACAGCAACAAAAAAGAUACAACAAACCAUAAUGUAAAUCUCUGUGUUUUCCCAAUGGUCUCAGAUGACCCGUUUAUGAUUAUUUGGCCACCUCCAAAAGGUUGAGAACCACUGCCCUGGAGUGUAGCCUAGAAACUAAAUGGGAGAGGCUGUGCUCCACUUGAACCUGAUUUGUGUUUCUCAGUCUCUAUAGACAUCCGAGUCAGUCAUCUUGUUAGCAAACCGUGUGGUUCAGCAGGCGUGGUGCAGGGCUGGUGUUCUGCACAUCCAGUGAGCCCCAGGAGCGGCCAGUGCUGCUGGUCCAGGGCCACUGUGAGGAGUGAGGACUGGAGAAUAUUCUCUCAUUUUCCCUUUUUAUCGGGUGUGGACAAUGUGUGUGUAUGUGCUCGCCUGUGGCAGUCAGAGAACAACUCUGGGAGUCCCAGAUUUGGGGGAGUUGUCAGACUUAGGGACAAGUGCCAUUACCCACAACCUCACAGGCCCCACCUUGAGCUUUUGAAAGAAAACCCAGCAGGCACUUGGGUCAUCCUAGCACUGAGGAGGCAGAGGUAGGAUCUUCGAGUUUCUGGUCAGCCAGUACACACUGAGACUCUGUCUUCAACAAACAAAAAUCUCACAGAGCUUCCUAAUGCCGUUGGACCAAGGACAUUCUUCCUGGUAGUUGGCAGUCAGGUGUCUUAUGUGUGAUAAUGAUAGUAAUAAUAACAACAUCAGGUGGCCGCUUCAGGAAACCCUUGGUUUUCCUUUUUAAUAUAGAUCCGUGUGCUUUCUUAUGAGAGCAUAAAUAGUACAACUUGAUGGCUGAACACAACACAAACUCAGUGAUGUUAAAGCCUGGGAGGCCGGAAGUCUGGAAUGGGACUCACUGAACUAAAUCAAGUAUGGUCCACAAAGGCUGUACUCCUCAGUGUCCAGGAGGGGCUGCCUCCUGCCCUGCCUGUCUAGCUGCUGCCUUCUGUAGCUUGACACAGCCAGCACUGGCUGAUGAAGUCGUCCUCCCAUUCCCCAGCUUUAUUAAAAUACCUUUUUUUUUUUCCUUUUUGAGGUAGGGUCUUGCUGUGUGGUUAUGGCUAGCUUGGAAUUCAAUAUAUAGACCAGGCUGGCUUUGAACUGACAAGAGAUCCUCCUGCCUCUGCCUCCAGAGGAUUAAAGCCAAGCACAACCAUCUGAAAGGCUUUAAAAAAUUGCAUGUAUGUGCAAAUGUGUGUACAUGAAUGGUAUGUACAUAAUGUGUGUACAUGUAUAUAUGUACACGUGUGUGCAUAUGUGAUGGUACAAGUCUGGAAGUCAGAGGAUAACUUUUAGGAGUUCCUUCUUUUCUGCCUCUAUGUGGGUCUUGGGAAUCAAAUUCAGGCUUGGUGCCAAGUGCCUUACCCACUGAGCCAUCUUGCUGAACCCUGAAAAGACAUUUAUAGCAGAUUAAAAAAUAGAAGUUAAUAGAGGGGCCAUCAGGAAGAAAGGAAGAUGUUCUACACCCUGAGAGCAUAGUGUAGGCAUCUCUGAAAGAGAAUUGACCCUGUACACUGCAGAAAAAGGCAAGGCGGGCUGCCCCGAGGCUGGUAGCUGCCCGGAGGACCCUGUGGAUGGGAUUUAAGGAAGUUUCUAUGAAUAUCACGAGUCAGGUGGCAUAUUCAUGGCAGUAAACUCACCCUUUUUCCUGUGUAAGCUGGUAUGCCAGGUUCUGUUCUCUUGGAAAUACCUGGGGUGAGUGCUUCUGGAGUAUAGGUCAUUAAGGAUGCCAGCUGACUUCCUCUUUGCCAGGUGGCCAAAUAGAAACUUUUAGGGGUAAUCCCAUGAUUUAUAAGUCCAUAAGGUUCAACUCUAAUUUUUUAGAGAAGGUUGUGGAGAGCUGCUUGUCAGGCUGUUUGGUUGUUGAGUUCUCAGUGAAAAACAUGUUUUCACCCUCGCCUUUCCCCUGAAGACAGGGAUAGGCAGGAUUUCUUCCAGGUUACUUCUCCUUUGUGUGAGGAUCACACGGUCAGGUGGUCAAGGUAAACAAGUUUGACUUCUUGAUGAACCCCUUCAUUGUGUCGAGGUGCUUUGCUCCGACUGUAAAAAGGAAUUGUGGAAUAAACUUCUACUCACAGCCCUCUCGAA